AAUCAGGCGAGGAAUCCUGAGUGGGAGUUGGUUUGAGUUUACAACUAGCAUGUCAUUUGUAUGAUAUGACUUAAGUAUUGUAUUUUUAUUCAAGGUAGUGAAAAUGCCUCCUAAGCAGAAAAAGCGGAGAAGGACAACAGAAUCUAGUGAGUUAGUUGAACCUCCGCCAAAACAAACUGCAAUGUCCAAAGACUGCUUUGAGGAUAAAAUCCAAAGCGUCAUUCAAGCAGCUAUUCCUAGUAUUACAAAGGCAGUGAUUGAUGAACUUUCCAGACAACAACAGACGGGCAGCGCUACAACGCAAGAGAAGGAAGCUGCCACUGUCAAUGCUGCGGAACCCACUGUAAAUUUGGGUCCGAGAGUUUCAGGACCUAUGUACAAAUAUGGACCCCGUGCCUUCAGCAGUUCACCCAACAAUGCUAACACUCUGACAGAUAUAGCAGCAUCCAUUCUGGAGAAUUCCCUCGCUCCUAAUUCAAGGGCAGCUUAUGAAAAAACUUUUGGCUUUUAUUCCAACUUUAUGUCAACCUACUUCCCUAAUGUCUCUUUACUGCCUCCUACUACUGAGCAUUUGGCACAUUUUAUUGCUUUUUGUUUUCAAAGUAAUAUCGCAGCAUCAACCUUGAAAACUUAA